AUGCGGCGUGUUCUUGUGUCAGCUGCCCUUUUUGCUAUUCAAAAAGCACCACCUAUUCGUCGCUGUGCUCCUUCGGUGACCGCGGCAGCGACAAUAAGCCCCCUUGUGGCGAUGGAGCAGCGACGCCUCGCUUCGCACACUGCUCUCGCCGACGUCACCCGCCGCGAGUUGGACGACGAGCAGCAGCGCUCUGGAAAACCUGAAAAGCCAGAAGUUCCAGCGGGCUGGAAAUUGGAGCGCAAACCCGGCGAGAUGUUAUUCACAAUGAGUAAGACUUACGAGGACGAAGAGAUUCUCAUCCGCUUCCUUGGGAAUGACACGGAAAGUGAGGACGAUAUUGCCUUUGAAUUUCUCACAUUUGUUACAUCCAAAGGCAAAUCCUUGAUGUGCAACAUGGCUUUUCAGGACGGUGGGGUCGUCAUGAGGACCAUCUCCUUUAUAAAGGAUGCAAAGCUUGCAUUGGAUGAAUCGCCAGAGGCAUCACGGAAGCGCCAGCGUCUGUACGAAGGUCCUCAGUUAGACGAUCUGGACGUGGACCUUAUCGACGCCUUGACGAGCUACUUCAAUGAGCGGGGUUUGACGGAAGAGUUAUGCAAGUUUAUGGAUGAGUAUGGUAUCUGGGCGGAGCAAGCAGAGUACGAGGACUGGCUCAGUGAAAUCAACCGCUUUGUUUCUUGA